GGAAAGGAAAUGGGUUGAUUUGAACUCUGUUGAACCUCGAAUUUUUAUUAAAAGACGAAAGAGACACACAAAAUCACAUAAUCUGCUUCUUCCAAAACAACAGUAAACAGUUUGUGCAUAGUGACAUUUAUUAAUUAAAAUUGAUCAUAUACUCAAAUCUUUUAAUUUCUUUGCGAUUAAAACAUAGACCAUUUAUUGAAAUUACUGUAAUGUUUGGUCUGUAGAUUACUGUUCAGUUGAGUGUAGUGACAUCAACUAUGGCACGAGUUUUUACAUUGCUUGUUGCCGUGUUUUUAAAAUCUCUGGAGGAUCUAGUGCCGAGUGCAAGUGCAAAAGAAUCAGUGUCAGCCAACGCACCAAAAUCAGAUUUGGUGCAAGUUCCGGAAAGUUCAGACUUCGCCGUGAUUAGACAUAGUAAGGCGUUCAUCGAUAAAACCGACUUCAUUCACGAAUGGAUCCUCCACCAACCGGUUCACCUCAGCGUUUCAGCUCCACCUGGUUCAGGAAAGUCCGCACUGCUGAGCAUGGUGCGGCACUUCUGCAACGCCUCAGCCAAAAUUCAAGACGGAGCGCUGAUUUAUCCCGUCGAUGGCGACUCACAAACGUGUGAACUUUUUCGAGAUACUACGGUCGCUAAACUGAAGGAUUUUCACGACCGGCAUUUCCAAAAAUACAGCGUUGUCAACGUCGCAUUUGCCCCGUUGAGAAACUCAACCGACCGAGCCUCCUUCGAACAGAACUUUUGCUCCGUGAUGAGAGAUAUGAUCAACGACUAUCAGUUCCUGACUGACGUCAAUAGUUUGAACGAGUCGGAAAAAGCUUUCCUCAAGGAUUACAAAGAUCACGACAAGAUGUGUCGUCAAGAUUUUGAGUCCGCUACUAAACAGCACGGGCCCCGCUUAGUGAGCAUCGUACAGAAACACCUCGCGAGUAGCGUUAUUGUACUGGUGGAUGACGUCGACGCGGUACUGGAUGCCUUCGCAACUCAUGAUGGUGCAGAGUCUUUCGCAGAGUUUGCGAUUUCCACCAUCAGAUGCUUUAUUUUGGCGUUCAUUCUGAAUGAAAGAGGGCUUAGCGAAGGUCCAGUUGCUUCAAAACUAUUGAUGAUGAGCUCAUUUGAACUUGGUAUGGUUAUCCCUGGUGACGUGGAUAAGUUAAUUACAGGCGUUGAAUUUGAUCGGUCACCGCGCCUGGGCACAUAUUUUGGUCUGAAGUAUGCUGAAGUUGAAAAACUGUUAGCCAAUUACGCUCUUCAAGAUCAUUCUCGCUUGGUAGCCGAUUUGUACGACGGACACACCGUCGUUAGAUCACCAUCUAUCUUCAACACAGAAGCCGUUCUAAAAUUCAUCAAGAAUCGAGGAAAUCCGCUCCCUCCGGAGACACCCUCUGCUGUCUUGCGGGACUUUGAGAAACUAUUCAGCGAUGUAUGGAUCGGUUUAGCCAUGACAUCAUGCGUCUUCGAUGGCACGUUUGCCAUGAGUGCCAUCUACCAGACUCGGUAUCAAAACUUACUAGCGCUGAGACAGAAACUGCGAAAAGUCAGCCCGUUCCAAACCGACUUUAAACUGAGCACACUGGACCAUGAAAUCUUCAUCAAGCUCCUAAUCAGAUCAGGACUGCUCCAAGUUCUGGAAGACUUCGUUUUAUUUGAACUCGGCUUUGACGUGACGUACCACCGUUUAGCACCGACCAACUAUUUUGCUGCAGGAAUUCUGCGAGAUUACCUGUAUAAAAGCGGGUAUGUGGAGAAAUUCUUCGGGGUGAGGGCGAAGGAUGAGAUUGCUAUCACUGAGGCAUUUAGGAAUCUAGCCCCAACGAUUGCAUCGAUUGAUAAAUUAAAAGAUGCCGUCCAUGGUAUCGUACAAAUGCGAGACCCUGAAGAUGAUACCAACCUGAAGGCUCUGAUGUACACGUUUGCGCGAAAAACGGCAGAUCAUUACAGUAAAGAGCUCGUCGUAGACGCUGGAAUAAUCGCGCACAGUAAGAACGAGGAAAAAGCAAAAUCGAGGAAAGGCAAAUCAACGAAAGGGGGAAAAGUAGAUGUGCUUUUGGUGCAAAAAGAGAAAUGUUUAGGGGUUGUCAUUGUAACGAGAUAUGGUGGUAAUGCUACUUCCCUCGUAAAGGAUGUGGCCAACCAUGCUUACACGGAUAUAUUUGACACUAACCUAGUUUAUUCGAAGUAUAAAAUUAAAGAUAGAAUGCUGCUUGCGGUAGCUGUUUCUAGGAAAGGUGUAGACGUGUACGGAGAGGUUUAUGGUUCAACCGGAACUAUUACUUUGGGGGCGCGCCGCAAGUUGUCACAUCAAUGAUUUUUCUAGCUCUAAUCCCUCUAUACAUCGGAGUGCACUCAUUUUAAAGAAAAAUUAUCCACACUGUGUUGAAAGACAAGCUUCAUAUCAACUCUAAUUAGUGCAGUUAGUUUCUAUCUCAUUGAAUUGAACAGUUGGUUGACCGUCUGGUCAAAAAAUUGAUUUCUUCACCAACUGAUUGCAGCAAAAUCGCGAGUCGUAAAAACAGAAAGCUAUAAAUAUGGCCAACGUGUGUUUACAAUUCAGAAAUCCUACGUUUUUACGACUCGUGAUUAUAGUGCAAUCAUGUUUGUGAAGAAAUCACUUAUUUGCCAAACUGACGUUAAAUCAAUCGUUAAAGACGUUAGCAACGUUAAGAGACCAGCCGAUUUCUUCACUAUAGCGAGAUUCUUGUUACAGCAAUAGUUGUCAUGGAGAUAGAGGUCUGGAAUAUCUAAAGACACUUACGCAAUCUUUAAAAAAAAUCUGAUCAAACUAAAAUAUUGCAGUUUUCCCCUAUCAUUGGUCAGUUAAUAGCUCCCACAAGAGACGUACCGAGCAAAAUAAAGAGCCUUUUUCACUGGAUGAAGUCCCCGGAAUAAAAUUUCGCAAAAAUGUUUCAAAAUGAUAUUUGAGGAGCAAAUUUCGGAAAUGACCUGGGUCAUUUUUCUCGUGUCCUAUUCAUGAUAUAUUUCUGAUAGGAGCAUAUACAAAUUACAGUCACUAUGUACAAAUGGUCUUGCGCCAAUGACCUAGUUCCUUCGAUGAUUAUUCUUCUGUGUCAAGAGCAGUAGGACGGUGCCUCAGUGCGGUGCAGUCCGUUGCAGUCGUUUGCUAGGCACUCAUAGUGCGUUUCGCGGCGUUUCUAGGGCAACUGAUAGCCUUAAUUUCGCCCUGUGGCAACGUUUCUGCUUAUCCGAGCCAUCAGCAAAACUGCACCAUUCGAAGCUUACGUUCCUUCUCGGAAAAACCACAAACUACGGUCAAGGACUCAGAACUUGUGAUUUUCGUACGUUCAAUGUUACUAGUCCAUACCCGCGACGGACUUUUCCCAGAAAGAUCCGGGUAGAGUUAUCAUGUUUCGCGGUGCUGAAUUCGGCUUCGCUGCCUUUUCUAUGCGAAAGUCACGAUUAAUAAGGCUAUUUCACUGUAAAUUUUGGCGUAUAACUCUACGCAUGUAAAUUUUUGCACAAUGCGAGUAGGAAAAUAUGUAUAAGUACUCUUCUCGAUUAUCCUUUACAAGGUUCCCGCUUUUUAUUGUACCCUGUACCCCCCCCCCCCCCCCGUGACCACAAAAUAUUUAACAACACACUAAGGGUUAUCAUUUUACAAAAGAUAGGGGAUAACAUGCAAUUAUUUUUUUAAAAACGUGGUUCUCAUUGUUUGUUUGUAAAAUAUGAACUUUGACUGUAAAAUGUUUAUACAGCUAUUUUUUAAUACGCGUGUUUUUCUUUUUUAUUGCUAUCAAUGCGUCCCAGAAAAGUUGCCACAAACUACUUGUGAAAGGACGUAAAAGGAUCCGCGGUCGCUCCUUUCCCACGCCGUAUGCAUUACUUCGCAAAAAAAAAGAACGACAGAAAGGAAAGGAAAAACCAAAACGCCUUCAUUUUUUGUGUAUGCAACACAGACAUCCGCCGAACACGAAUAGUUGCAUGCAGAGGAAUUCGCCUACGUCGCGCUUGAGAACUAAAAUACUUGAGACGAAUAACGUUAUUAUAGGUAAUGAUGAAUUUAAAAUCUGAAGAAAGAAGGCUAUUUUGACAGUAACAACAAUUAUUAACACAUCGUCAUGAACAUUAUUAUUUAUAUUUUGCUUGCAACCAAAAUUGAACCCAAAUUUGAAAUCAAGUUUUUAAAUAAAAUGAGCAGUGGCUCAAGCUUCAGCUGAGA